AUGGUGUCUCAAACUGCAACACAACCAGGCAUCGCCCCAAAACUCCCACUAGAUGUCGACGAUAUCAAGAGACAACGAAAGAUCCUCGACAAGUCGCAAUGGGGCCCUGCUGCUCCAGCCAAGAGUGAGACGUUUAGAAUCCGUGAGCACGGCCACAAGUCCAAGGCCAAGAGAUGGGAUCACGUCCUGAGCAGGGAGUCAGCUGAACGCGUGGGAAACUCUCUUAAGUAUGCAGCGGGUUUCCUCGGCCUGCCUGGCAUGAUCUCACUAGGUGGAGGACUGCCCUCCAGCGAAUACUUUCCUUGGGAUGAGCUUCACUUCAAAGUGCCCCCAGCUGGUCAGUUUUCCGAGAAGGACAUGCACGAGCAUGGUGUUUUGCUGGAGGCUGGCAAACAUGACCAAGCCACGGCAGAAUCCGACUUUGAUAUCGCCACGGCGUUCAAUUACGGUCAAGGACAUGGCUCUGCGCAGCUCUUGCGCUGGAUCACUGAACACACUGAGUUGAUCCAUGAUCCUCCGUACUCGGACUGGGCGUGCACCAUGACUCUUGGCUCAACCUCGAGUCUGGACUUUGCCUUUCGCAUGCUCACUCAACCAGGUGACUACAUCGUCUCGGAAGAAUACACCUUCUCGACGGCUGUUGAGUCUGGUACGCCCAUGGGCAUCAAGGUUGCGGGCGUCAAGAUGGACGAAGAGGGUUUGCUUCCGGAUAGCCUCGACGACAUCUUGACAAACUGGGUCCCCGAGAAGCAUGAAGGAGCUCAGAAGCCGCGUAUUCUAUACACGGUGCCUACUGGUCAGAACCCUACGGGUGCGACUCAGGGUGUUCAACGAAGAAAGGAUAUCUACGCCGUGGCUCAGAAGCACGACCUAUACAUCAUCGAAGACGAACCAUACUAUUUUCUCCAGAUGCAGCCUUACGCAGGUCAAGGGGAACCCACUCUCCCCCCCGCCACUCGCAAGGAGUUCCUAGACAGCCUGCUGCCGAGCUACCUAAGCAUCGAUGUGGUCGGACGAGUUAUGCGCAUGGACUCUUUCUCCAAAGUCCUCGCUCCGGGAACUAGAUGCGGUUGGAUCACGGCCAGCGAGCAGAUGGUUGAUCGGUAUAGCAGGCACUCAGAAGUGGGCACACAAGGCCCCAGUGGCGUGUCGCAGCUCAUGCUGUUCAAGCUGCUAGAUGAGCAUUGGGGUCACGGUGUGUAUCUGGACUGGUUGGUGCAUUUACGGAUGGGCUACACCCAGCGAAGAGACGUCAUUUUGGACGCCUGUGAAAAGUGGCUGCCCAAGGAGGUGAUCAGCUGGAAGCCGCCAGUAGCAGGCAUGUUUCACUGGCUCCAGGUUGACUGUAAGAAACAUCCGAGCGCCUCUUCCAAGAGUAUUACCGAGAUCGAGCAUGAGAUUUUCAUGGCUAGCAUCGAACACCGCGCGUUGGUGAUUAAAGGUAGCUUCUUCUACGCCAACAAGGCCGAGGAACAUGAUACACUCUUCUUCCGGACCACGUAUGCUGCUGCGCCAUCGGAUAAGAUUCAUGAGGCUAUACGGCGAUUUGGAGAUGCAGUGCGGGAAAGCUUUGGGCUUGAACAAUGA